UUUAUCACAGUCCAUUAUGACUAAACCAAACUCACACGUUUCUAUUCGGAACAUGUGUAAGAGAUUUAUUUACAGCGAUUCAGACCACUGAGUAAUACGAGCCACUUUCCCUGUGUUUUCCUUCUGACGGGGCAAAACUCCAAGACUACAUUUCCCAUGAUGUAAUGUUCUUCAGUCUCUGUCUUGUCCGACUUCUCCCUGCCUCCAUAGGCCAGAAGAGGCUGAGUUUAGGGAAAGUAUCGACGUUUAUGCUUGUCAAUCAUCGAAGAACCGUGGGGAGCGAAACUGGAGGGAAGGUCGACGAUCGAGGAGGAUUUCUAGUUCAAAAAGCACUUCGGCGCCAACGCGACCAUAAUGUUUUGGAAAAAUAUGGGAGAACUGUAUAUCUUUUUAAGGAAACUGUUUGGUUUUACUUUGAAAUAAGGAAAGCUUUCGCUUCGGCGAACUUGGCGAGUGCCUGUCGCCGCUUCGUUGCAUUUCACCUCGGGAAAACGAAAACAGUGGAUUACUUACACCAGCAAAGUGGGUAAACUCAAAGAAGGCUCAACUAAGAGACGGAUAUUGUUGAGUUUAAGUGCACUGUGUUUGAAAUAUUUCGCCCGUCGGACGAGAGGAUUCAAUCCAGAAGAGUUCGUUAAAGCCGCGUUGCUGUCGGAAAGCUCUCUUCCAGUGUGUGGACGUGCGGGAAACCAGGAGUGACGGUCGAAACUCGAAACAUAAAUUGGGGUUUUUCCUGAAAGGCUGCGAGAAAAUGAGCGGAGGAGAUGUGGUGUGCUCGGGGUGGCUCAGAAAGUCUCCACCUGAAAAAAAGUUACGGCGUUAUGCAUGGAAGAAGCGAUGGUUUGUUCUGCGCAGUGGGAGGCUGACAGGAGACCCAGACGUGCUGGAGUAUUACAAGAAUGACCAUACCAAGAAGCCCAUCCGUGUGAUUGAUCUGAAUCUGUGCGAGCAGGUGGACGCCGGUCUCACCUUCAACAAGAAGGACCUGGAGCACAGUUUCAUCUUCGACAUCAAGACCAUCGACCGGGUUUUCUACCUGGUGGCCGACACUGAAGAGGAGAUGAACAAGUGGGUCCGUUGCAUCUGUGACAUCUGUGGCUUCAACCCUACCGAUUCAGAAGACCCAACAAAGGUGUCUCACCAAGCAGGUGUGGCAGGAGGUCUGGUGGUGGAUGUGGCCCCUAAUGUAGGCCUGGGGGGAGUUGUGGGGCCUUCUGCACUGGCUAGCAUGCCCCCACCCUACCAGCCCGUCAAUGUCAGACACCUGGAGUCCUCCUCCAGUCAGGAUGCCCCUCCAGACUACUUGUUGCUGGUCAACUGUGAGACCAAGAAACCUGAGCUGAACAGUUCAAUAGCUCCUCUUGCUGUAGGAGAGGAGGAGCAGGAAUACCUGCUCCUGGAGGAGUGUGAGACCCGGAGCGCUCCUCCUGACAGUCAGGCUCAUGGCGACUGUUCUAAGUCUACCUCCUCUGAACCCGACUGUAACGACAACCUCCCUUCCCAUUGCACGCCCACAUCCGCUUCCUCCACCAAGCACGGCUCUGUCAAUGGCUUCUUUCCUUCCCAUCAUGGCGCUGGGCUCUACGACUCCCCUCCUUUACGCGGGCAGUCUUUGUCGGCCGAUUCGCAGGGCCUUUACCACCUGCCCAGAAGUUACUCUCAGGACACUGUGCUGCUGCCGAAAUCUGCGUCCUCCCCACAUGCUCCCGAUGGCGACUUUGGCGAACUCUACGUGUUUAACACACCUGCUCGCAAACCCUCUAUAGAGAACAAGCUUGGGACCUUGUCGGUCAGUUACGAUAUUCCACCCACACCUGGAAGCAACAGCACCUACCAGAUUCCGCGGACAGCUGGGGUGGAGACUGUUUCGGGAGCCACAGACGUGGUACCACCUCCUCGUCCACCCAAGCCUUCACUAACCGCGGGAUUGAUUCCUCCCGAACGGUCACCCACGGACACUUAUGUAGUACCACGGUCUGUGUCCGAGACCGAUGGGAAUUACUGUGUGCCAUCUGGUUCAGGGGGGAACAAAGCACUGAGGAGCAACACCAUUGGUACAGUGGAUUCUUCACGCCUCCGUAGGGAUUAUGGAUCUCAAGACUGCUAUGAUAUACCUCGUCCCUUCUCCUCAGACAAAACUUGCUCAUUCGAUUUUAAUGAAAGCUUCAAUACCUAUUUUAAGAAUAAAGGGAUGGUGCCCGUAGGAAGCACUGAAGAGAUGGAUGAGAACUACGUCCCCAUGAGCGUCCACCCUUCAUCACAUCACCGCUCGGGCAGCCUUUCCGAACCCAUCCAGGAGCCAAACUAUGUGCCCAUGACACCUGGUUCAGUGGAGUUCCCCUCCCUCGGCAAGCAGGUUCCCCCUCCAGCCCACAUGGGCUUUCGUUCCAGCCCCAAGACCCCACCACGCAGACCAAUGCAUAUAGGCGAAUGCCAGCCUCCACCCGUCGACCGAAACCUCAAACCUGACCGUAAAGGUCAAAGCCCUAAAAUAAACAGAGCAGUCGGUCUCGAGCGUACCGACUCCCAAACCGUAGGUGAAUUCUCAAGACGCCGUAAGGAUUGCAGUCCCUCUGAAGACACUCGGACUUGUUUCAUGAAUGUUAAGCCGGCCCCUUUGGAGAUCAAGCCUGUCCCUGAGUGGGAGGAGCUUACGGCACCAGUCCGUUCACCUGUGACCAGGUCCUUCACCAGGGACAGUGUAAACGUUGUCCUGCUGCUCAGCCCCUCUAGGUUUCCCAUGCCUCCCAGACCGCACUCGGGGCAUAGCACUGCAUCCAGCACCGACUCCGAGGACUGUGAAGAGAAUUAUGUAUCCAUGCAUCACGCUAAUAUGUCUACAGAUGAACCAAACAUGAAUCCUGAUGGUGGGGGCAGUCCCAUGGUGAAGCCCAAAGGAGACAAGCAGGUGGAGUACCUGGAUCUCGAUCUGGACACUGGGAAAUCAACUCCUCCUCGAAAGACGAAGAGUAACGGGACUGGUAUUUCAGUGUCAGACGAGCGGGUCGAUUACGUGGUGGUAGAUCAGCAGCGCACGCAAGCUCUCAAGAGUACCCGUGAAGCGUGGAGCGAUGGACGGCAGUCGACGGAAACAGACACCCCUGCCAAAGGGGCCAAAUGACACCCAUCUCUUUCCUACUUUGCGCUUGAUCGGGACUCGCAUUAGGCCUGGGAACAGAGAAAGCUGCACGUAGUCCCAACCUCCAGCCUCCUCUUUUUCGACGUCCAUUUUUGAUUUUUAGAUACAGCAGUGUAGGUCUCAGCUCCCAGAUCAGCUAGUUUACACUGCUUCCUGCUUGACGACCGCACCCGUUGCAGGGGAGAGCUGAUCUGAGGGAACCUCAUGUAUAAGCUGACAGACUUUAAGGAGGAUGGACUGGAAUGUGCACAUAGGGGCUGAAGGACAUUUUGAGCCUUUCUGGCUAAAAGCCCAAUAAACAAUAGUGCGAACAGAGGAGCAUUAUUCAUACUACACACUGCUCAACACUUCACCGUUUCUGAUUUUGGAGAUCUUCCCCUCCAUUUGUGGUGUUAAAGCACACUAUUCCACAGGCUUGAGAUGCAUCAGGUCUGUAAGAUACAGUAUGGCUGUUUGACUAACUUGAACAACUGAAGUUUUUUCUUUUAGUUUUACAUGCUUACAAAACUGCCACGGUGGGUUUUCAAGACCGCUUUUUAGAAGCCGUUCUUUUUAAAAAGUUCCAUGAUAAUCUGAAAACUGUAGACAUCCAGGUUUUUUCCAUUCGUUUCAUUUUUUUAGGCCUCACUUGUAAUUCAGUUGUGCAAUCAAAAGGUUUUGAACUGCUUGAGCAGCAAAUGUACUACAGUUUUAGAGAUUAAUUACAUUUGCAAGACAGCAGACAGACUGUAUAAAGUGUUAUGUACAUGAAUAAAAGUGUCCUCUAUUUGUAUGUAAUAUCUGGUAUGUUAAGGCUAAAGUGUGGAUUCUGCAGGAUAGAAGUCUACACGGUCUGAGGUGGUCUUAGAAACUUGGAAAUGUUAUUUGGUGGAAUCAGGAACUGUGAUCAUUUUAAACAGAGAACUCUGUUUUUAUUUGUUGUUUUAUUUUUUAUUUUUCUUUAAGCAUGGUAUCAAUUAACUGAAUCACCAAGGUUAGGUACUCACUGAAAAGUUUAACACAGAUUUUAUUUUCUACUAUCUUGCUAUUCACAUGUUCUCAUUGAAACCUUUGGUAUUUCGUAACGAUGCAAGAUAUUUUUGUGCUGUAUAAGAUGCCUUUAUGGGUGAGGAGCAGUAAGCCGGUCGUGUAGUUUCAGGAAUUUUUAUUUGACUUUGCAUUUUCUGUGACUGGUGUAUCAAUGCAUUUUAGCGCCACUUUGAUAAUUUAUUUCAGAUUUCCUCGGCUCUUGGAAACGAAUUGCCUUACCAUUGCAACUUUUUUGAAUGUUGUAUAUACGAUCCUGUCAGUGAUUUUUAGCUCAUAUCGGAAUACAUUUAUUCAGAAUACAUUCAAAUAGAACUUCACUGUGUGUGUGUGUGCUCAAAUUAGCUCUACUAACUACCGUUCUUAAGCCAAGAAGACACAGUUGAUGUGUUGCAAUACCAUUGGUGACUUCAGUUGUAUAUAUCUAUACAGGCUUUUCAAGCAUGUCUUUUUUGAUUCAAAGCUGUGCCUGUAUUUUUUCCCUUCUACUCAAAUCUUUUUUUCUUUACGAGUUGCUUUUUAUCUUUUUUUAAUGAAUCCAAAAGAAAUGUACAUUUUAAAAUGAACUCAAUAAAAAUGAUACUUCAGGAGAUUUCUGCUGA